AUGUCUGGGUUCAACUGUAGAUUUGGUAAUUUCCGGCGCAAAUCUCCGCUUCCGAUUCUCCAAAGUCAGGCGACAAUGGCCCAAAUCUCAACCACUCGUCCUUGGCGCCACUUCUUCGACAUCUCCGCAUUCUCCAUUCCUUACAGCUACGCCGACGCCAUGUCCAGAUUCCGCCACAACUUCAACCAUUUCCGCGCCAAUUACGCCCUUAUCGCACUCGCCAUCAUCUUCUGCAGCCUCGUCUACCACCCCGUCUCCAUGAUUGUCUUCCUGAUCGCGUCCGCCGCCUGGCUCUAUCUCUACUUCUGGCGCGAGGAUCCCCUCGUCGCCUUUGGCCGGACCCUCGACGACCGCGCUGUGAUGGCGGUCCUGAGCUUGGUCACCUUGGUGGCAUUGGUGUUCACUCACGUGGGCUCGAAUGUCCUGGCGGCUCUUGUUAUUUGGGUGGUCGUGGUUAGCCUUCACGCCGUGUUUAGGUGUACGGAGGAUUUGUUUCUGGACGAGAGUGAGGCGGCCGGCGAUGGCUUGGUCUCAAUCGUGCGAUUUGUGAAAUCAGUAACUUUGGUUCUCUUGUACUCUGGGCUUCAUUGGUGUGGAAAAUUGCUCGAAAGCCACGGCUUUUCUGGGGAGUUGUCACUUUACAGAAUCAAAAAACUGAUGCGUUACAGCAGCUGUGAAAUCUGUCAGUCAGUCCCUGAUUUUCCGUGCCCUUCAACUUCACCCAUUGAUUUUGUUGACAAGCUAAUGAAUGACCUUGACAUUGGGCUUGAGUUCAGAAUACACGAUCAUAUUGUUUUUAUCGAGAGGCAUGUCUAAUCUGCAGUUUUCAUCCAUUGAUUUAUAGACGAGCUAAUGACCUUGACAUUAGGUUUGAAUUCAGGAUACUAAGUUUAUAUUUUUUUUAUCAGGACAUGUCUAAUCUGCAGUUUUCAUC